GCAAGGCAGGCACACUAAUGACCUACGAGAGACACAGCAAGAGGUUCGAGCGGUCAGUUUCUGUUUCGCACUGAGUCUGUAGCAACGAGUCGAAAAGCGAGUCACCGCACUGCAUGGACCCUCUGGAAGCUUUACUCGCCCAAAUCCAAGGGCUAUCCAGCACUUCCAGCGACAUCAAUCGCCUCCACACUAUUCUGAAGCAAGCCGAUGACUCGCUCCGAUCCGAGUCAACUCGCCUCUCUCCAAUUCUCACUCAACUCGACCCUUCCAUUCACUCCCUCGGUUUUCUCUACAUUUUAGAAGCUUCCAUGCCCGCUCCAGUUACCAAAACGCAGGCUGAGACCGUCGUUCCGAUCGUUACUAGGUUUAUUGGUGCUUGCAGCACGGAGCAGAUUCGUUUAGCGCCUGAUAAAUUUUUAUCUGUGUGUAGGAAGUUGAAGGACCAAGUGAUGCUGUUGGAAGCUCCGAUACGGGGUGUGGCUCCUUUGUUUACUGCUCUUCGGAAACUUCAGGUCUCUGUGGAACACUUGACUCCCCUACAUUCAGACUUUCUUCUGCUUUGCUUGUUGGCAAAGUGCUACAAAACUGGUUUAUCCUUAUUGGAUGAUGAUGUUUUCGAAGUAGACCAACCACGAGACCUUUUUCUUUAUUGUUAUUAUGGAGGUAUGAUAUGCAUUGGACAGAAGCGCUUUCAGAAGGCAUUGGACCUUCUGCAUAAUGUUGUAACUGCUCCCAUGUCUACCAUAAAUGCUAUAGCUGUUGAAGCUUACAAAAAGUAUAUAUUGGUUUCUCUCAUUCGACAUGGACAGUUCUCCACCAGUCUUCCAAAGUACUCUUCUUCAGCUGCACAAAGAAACCUGAAGAAUUUUUGUCAGCUCCUUGAGAUUUGUAGAAGAAGGGCUAUUCAGCUUAGUUGUUUGCCAUGCACCUUCUCCUUUCUUCUUCCGCUUUCUACAGCCCCUCUUCCUUACGUUGAAUUGGCAAAUAGUUAUGGCACUGGAAAAAUUGCAGAACUAGAGGCAUAUGUCAAGACAAAUGCAGAGAAGUUUGAAUCUGACAACAACCUUGGACUAGUUAAGCAGGUUGUAUCAUCCAUGUAUAAGCGGAAUAUUCAGAGAUUGACCCAGACAUACUUGACACUUUCUCUCCAAGAUAUAGCCACCACAGUGCAAUUAAAUAGCCCAAAAGAAGCUGAAAUGCAUGUGCUACAAAUGAUUCAGGAUGGUGAGAUAUAUGCAACUAUCAACCAGAAGGACGGAAUGGUGAGAUUCUUGGAGGAUCCUGAACAGUAUAAAACCUGUGAGAUGAUUGAACAUAUUGACUCAUCAAUCCAGAGAAUAAUGGCACUCUCGAGGAAACUAACUGCGAUGGAUGAACAAAUUUCAUGUGAUCAGUUGUAUUUGUCUAAGGCUGGAAGAGAGAGACAAAGAUAUGACUUCGAUGACUUUGAUGUUCCACAAAAGUUCAACAUUUAAGGCCAGGAAUGGAGCUAUGAAUGAUGCAAGUAGAUCUACCGCUGGUUCUGGUUCUGAGAGCGGAAUAGUGUUUUAUUUCAAUCACAAAUGUAAUAGUUCUUAUUCUGUCGUGAAGUAGCUCAGAGGAUGUUGAAUUGUCUCUACUUAUCAACUAUAUAACAUCUAUAGCACAUUCUUUGCACAUUUCUGUAUGCCAAUAGACAUAAUGCGGUAAUAUGUUGAGGUCUCAAAUGACCCUCUUUUUUGGUUU